AUGUUGUACAAUUUUGUUCUUUAUCGAUCUAUCAAUCGAUUCGAAGUUCGCUAUCUAUCUAUCUAUCUAUCUAUCUAUCUAUCUAUCUAUCUAUCUAUAGUAUUAUGUUCAUAUCUAUCUAUCUAUAUAUGGUAUUAUGUCCCUUUCUAUCUAUCUAUCUAUCUAUCUAUCUAUCUAUCUAUCUCUUUCAUAUCCUACCUACCUACCUACCUAACUACCUAUCUAUCUAUCUAUCUAUCUAUCUAUCUAUCUAUCUAUCUAUCUAUGUCUGUUGAUUUAUAUCUAUUUAAUUACAUUUUUUCUUUAUCGAUUUUAGCAACCGAUUUUAUCAGUCUAUCAAUCGAAGUUUCUUAUCUAACUCAAAUCUCUUCUGAUAUAUCUGCAUCAUAUCUACGUAUCUUUCUUGCGAUCUAUUUAUCUACCGUAUUAUAUUCCUAUCUAUUUAAAUAUUUAUUUAUCAACCUAUCUAUUAUAUCUCUGUUCCUAUCUAUCUAUCUAUCUAUCUAUCUAUCUAUCUAUCUAUCUAUCUAUCUAUCUAUCUGUCUGUCUGUCUGUCUGUCUGCUGUCUGUCUAUCUAGCACGAAGCACACUUGCCUCUAUGAAAUCUUCAACCACCGUCACAAAACAGUAGAUGACAUAAAAGUUUGUCGGAACCUUUUUCGAUCACAAUCUAUCUAUCUAUCUAUCUAUCUAUCUAUCUAUCUAUCUAUUUAUCUAUUUUAUUUAUCAUCUAUUUUAUUAUCUAUCUAUCUAUCUAUCUAUCUAUCAUAUUUUGUUCCUAUCUAUCUAUCAUAUUUUUGUAUCUAUCUAUCUAUCUAUCUAUCUAUCUAUCUAUCUAUCUAUCUAUCUCUCAAAAAGCACCAAGCACACUUGCCUCUAUGA